AUGCCAGCUAUCUCCAGACUCGGCGCUAAUCCCAGCGGCGACGUGACGGUGAGAGCGGCUUCCUGCUUCACACCCGUCCACAUGAAAGUGUUGAUGCGACUGCAGAAGAACGCCAAUGAUUACGGUCUAAAGCAGCGCGCCGCCCCAUGCUACGCUAACACGUUCAGCGUCGGGGAAAGACGGAGGAGAGAGUACACAGGUGCAGACGGGGGAGAGAGUACACAGGUGCAGACGGGGGAGAGAGUACACAGGUGCAGACAGAGGAGAGCGGGGUCAGGGGGAGAGAGUACACAGGUGCAGACGGGAGAGAGCGGGGUCAGGGGGAGAGAGUACACAGGUGCAGACGGAGGAGAGCGGGGUCAGGGGGAGAGAGUACACAGGUGCAGACAGGGGAGAGCGGGGUCAGGGGGAGAGAGUACACAGGUGCAGACGGGGGAGAGCGGGGUCAGGGGGAGAGAGUACACAGGUGCAGACGGAGGAGAGCGGGGUCAGGGGGAGAGAGUACACAGGUGCAGACGGAGGAGAGCGGGGUCAGGGGGAGAGAGUACACAGGUGCAGACGGGGGAGAGCGGGGUCAGGGGGAGAGAGUACACAGGUGCAGACGGAGGAGAGCGGGGUCAGGGGGAGAGAGUACACAGGUGCAGACGGGGGAGAGCGGGGUCAGGGGGAGAGAGUACACAGGUGCAGACAGGGGAGAGCGGGGUCAGGGGGAGAGAGUACACAGGUGCAGACGGGAGAGAGCGGGGUCAGGGGGAGAGAGUACACAGGUGCAGACGGAGGAGAGAGUACACAGGUGCAGACGGAGGAGAGCGGGGUCAGGGGGAGAGAGUACACAGGUGCAGACGGAGGAGAGCGGGGUCAGGGGGAGAGAGUACACAGGUGCAGACGGGGGAGAGCGGGGUCAGGGGGAGAGAGUACACAGGUGCAGACGGAGGAGAGCGGGGUCAGGGGGAGAGAGUACACAGGUGCAGACGGAGGAGAGCGGGGUCAGGGGGAGAGAGUACACAGGUGCAGACGGGGGAGAGCGGGGUCAGGGGGAGAGAGUACACAGGUGCAGACAGGGGAGAGCGGGGUCAGGGGGAGAGAGUACACAGGUGCAGACGGGAGAGAGCGGGGUCAGGGGGAGAGAGUACACAGGUGCAGACGGAGGAGAGAGUACACAGGUGCAGACGGAGGAGAGAGGUGUCAGGAGGAGAGAGUCCACAGGUGCAGACGGAGGAGAGAGUACACAGGUGCAGACGGGGGAGAGAGUACACAGGUGCAGACGGGGGAGAGAGUACACAGGUGCAGACGGGGGAGAGAGUACACAGGUGCAGACGGAGGAGAGAGUACACAGGUGCAGACGGAGGAGAGCGGGGUCAGGGGGAGAGAGUACACAGGUGCAGACGGGAGAGAGCGGGGUCAGGGGGAGAGAGUACACAGGUGCAGACGGGAGAGAGCGGGGUCAGGGGGAGAGAGUACAUAGGUGCAGACGGGAGAGAGCGGGGUCAGGGGGAGAGAGUACACAGGUGCAGACGGGAGAGAGCGGGGUCAGGGGGAGAGAGUACACAGGUGCAGACGGGAGAGAGCGGGGUCAGGGGGAGAGAGUACACAGGUGCAGACGGGAGAGAGCGGGGUCAGGGGGAGAGAGUACACAGGUGCAGACGGGAGAGAGCGGGGUCAGGGGGAGAGAGUACACAGGUGCAGACGGGAGAGAGCGGGGUCAGGGGGGGAGAGUACACAGGUGCAGACGGGAGAGAGCGGGGUCAGGGGGAGAGAGUACACAGGUGCAGACGGGAGAGAGCGGGGUCAGGGGGAGAGAGUACACAGGUGCAGACGGGAGAGAGCGGGGUCAGGGGGAGAGAGUACACAGGUGCAGACGGGGGAGAGCGGGGUCAGGGGGAGAGAGUACACAGGUGCAGACGGGGGAGAGAGUACACAGGUGCAGACGGAGGAGAGAGUACACAGGUGCAGACGGGGGAGAGAGUACACAGGUGCAGAUGGGGGAGAGAGUACACAGGUGCAGACGGGGGAGAGAGUACACAGGUGCAGACGGAGGAGAGAGUACACAGGUGCAGACAGGGGAGAGCGGUAUCAGGAGGAGAGAGUACACAGGUGCAGACGGGAGAGAGCGGGGUCAGGGGGAGAGAGUACACAGGUGCAGACGGGAGAGAGCGGGGUCAGGGGGAGAGAGUACACAGGUGCAGACGGAGGAGAGAGUACACAGGUGCAGACGGAGGAGAGAGUACACAGGUGCAGACGGGGGAGAGCGGGGUCAGGAGGAGAGAGUCCACAGGUGCAGACGGAGGAGAGCGGGGUCAGGGAGAGAUAGUCCACAGGUGCAGACGGGAGAGAGCGGGGUCAGGGGGAGAGAGUACACAGGUGCAGACGGGGGAGAGCGGGGUCAGGGGGAGAGAGUACACAGGUGCAGACGGGGGAGAGAGUACACAGGUGCAGACGGAGGAGAGAGUACACAGGUGCAGACGGGGGAGAGAGUACACAGGUGCAGAUGGGGGAGAGAGUACACAGGUGCAGACGGGGGAGAGAGUACACAGGUGCAGACGGAGGAGAGAGUACACAGGUGCAGACAGGGGAGAGCGGUAUCAGGAGGAGAGAGUACACAGGUGCAGACGGGAGAGAGCGGGGUCAGGGGGAGAGAGUACACAGGUGCAGACGGGAGAGAGCGGGGUCAGGGGGAGAGAGUACACAGGUGCAGACGGAGGAGAGCGGGGUCAGGGAGAGAUAGUCCACAGGUGCAGACGGAGGAGAGAGUACACAGGUGCAGACGGGGGAGAGAGUACACAGGUGCAGACGGGGGAGAGAGUACACAGGUGCAGACGGAGGAGAGCGGGGUCAGGGGGAGAGAGUACACAGGUGCAGACGGGAGAGAGCGGGGUCAGGGGGAGAGAGUACACAGGUGCAGACGGAGGAGAGCGGGGGGGAGAGAGUACACAGGUGCAGACGGGAGAGAGCGGGGUUAGGGGGAGAGAGUACACAGGUGCAGACGGAGGAGAGAGUACACAGGUGCAGACGGAGGAGAGAGGUGUCAGGAGGAGAGAGUCCACAGGUGCAGACGGAGGAGAGCGGGGUCAGGGAGAGAUAGUCCACAGGUGCAGACGGAGGAGAGAGUACACAGGUGCAGACGGGGGAGAGAGUACACAGGUGCAGACGGGGGAGAGAGUACACAGGUGCAGACGGGGGAGAGAGUACACAGGUGCAGACGGGGGAGAGAGUACACAGGUGCAGACGGAGGAGAGAGUACACAGGUGCAGACGGAGGAGAGCGGGGUCAGGGGGAGAGAGUACACAGGUGCAGACGGGAGAGAGCGGGGUCAGGGGGAGAGAGUACACAGGUGCAGACGGAGGAGAGCGGGGUCAGGGGGAGAGAGUACACAGGUGCAGACGGGGGAGAGCGGGGUCAGGGGGAGAGAGUACACAGGUGCAGACAGGGGAGAGCGGGGUCAGGGGGAGAGAGUACACAGGUGCAGACGGGAGAGAGCGGGGUCAGGGGGAGAGAGUACACAGGUGCAGACGGAGGAGAGAGUACACAGGUGCAGACGGAGGAGAGAGGUGUCAGGAGGAGAGAGUCCACAGGUGCAGACGGAGGAGAGCGGGGUCAGGGAGAGAUAGUCCACAGGUGCAGACGGAGGAGAGAGUACACAGGUGCAGACGGGGGAGAGAGUACACAGGUGCAGACGGGGGAGAGAGUACACAGGUGCAGACGGGGGAGAGAGUACACAGGUGCAGACGGGGGAGAGAGUACACAGGUGCAGACGGAGGAGAGAGUACACAGGUGCAGACGGAGGAGAGAGUACACAGGUGCAGACGGAGGAGAGAGUACACAGGUGCAGACGGGGGAGAGCGGUAUCAGGAGGAGAGACCGCUGGACUACGAGACGAUGCCCGUUCACACGUUCACGGUGGAGGUGCGCGAGGAGCUGGCGGUGCGCACGCCGGAGAACAGCCGCAGCGCCAUCACCACGGCAACGGUGAGACGGGGGGGCAGGAGAGUACCACAGGUGGCAGUCGGGGGACGAGAGUACACAGGUGCGAACGGAGGAGAGAGUACACAGGUGCAGACGGAGGAGAGUGGUGUCAAGGGAGGAGCUGGAGAGAUGUCCACAGGUGCUGACGGCGAGGAAAGAGGGUGCAGACGGGAGGAGGAGACGGGGUGUCAGGAGGGAGAGUCCACAGGUGCAGGACGGUGGAGAGAGAGUACACAGGUGCAGAGGGGGACGAGAUACAAGUGUGCAGACGGGGGAGGAGAGUACACAGUGCAGACGGGGGGAGAGAGUACUACCGGUGCAGGCGGAGGAGAGAGUACACAGGUGCAGACGGUGGAGAGUGUUCAGGAGGACGAGAGUCACACAGGUGCAGACGGAGGAGAGAGUACACAGGUGCAGACGGGGGAGAGUGUACUAGGUGCAGACGGGGGAGAGUGUACAAAGGUGCAGACGGGGGCGAGAGUUCACAGGUGCAAGACGGAGGAGAGAUUUACACAGGUGCAGACGGCAGGAGAGGAGGGGUCAGGAGGAGAGAGUCCACAGGUGCUAGACGGAGGAGAGAGUACCACAGGUGCAGCAGGGGGAGAGGAGUACACAGGUGCAGACGGGGGGAGUGAGUCAAAGGUUGCGAGACGGGGGGACGAGAGUACACAGGGUGCAGACGGAGGGAGAGAGUACAAAGGUGCAGACGGAGGAAGUGAGGUGUCAGGAGGAGAGAGUCCAGCAGGUGCAGACGGACGAGAGAGUAAAGGUGCAGCACGGGGGUGA